AUGUUCUUCGUCUCUCCCUUCGGUACAUCAACAUCGAAACCCGGCCAUGGAUCCAUCGUCCUCGAGAUACUUCCUCCGGAUAAACCUGUCCUUCGAACUGUAUCCUACCAGUAUCCCCUUAAGCUAGUUGCGCCAGAUCCGUUAGCACCACCCAACUAUGACAGAGAAGUGGACCGCAAUACAACAACAGGAGUACCUUGCCUCAUUCACACAGUCUUCCUGUUGACUUAUGGUGGAGGAAUUGUUGCUGGAGAUAGCAUAGAUUUGGACGUCAAACUAGACAGUAGUACACGGCUGAUACUGUUGACCCAAGGUUCGACUAAGAUCUUCAAAACCCCAAGUCCAGACCUAGUCUCCCGACAGCAUAUGAACACAUACCUCAAGCAGGAUUCUGCGUUAGUCUAUCUCCCGGAUCCUGUGCAACCUUUUGCACACACAGCGUUCUCCCAGUCUCAAGUCUAUCACUUGGAGAAAGAGCAGGGUAACUUGUGCGUUUGCGAUUGGGUGACGAGUGGCCGUUCAGCACGAGGAGAAAAUUGGGAUAUAUAUGAAUAUAAGAGUCGGAACGAGGUGUGGACUGUAGGUGAUGCAGGGAAGAAAAGACUACUUCUACGAGACAAUCUCAUUCUGAACAAGCAUGGCAAGACCAGAAUGCCACUCGCCUCUCGUAUGGAUAACUACUCCGUUUUUGGGACUUUGAUCAUUCGCGGUCCAAUCUUCUCGUCAGUAGCCAAAUUCUUUCUGGACGAGUUCGAGGCACUACCGCGUAUUGGAGGAAGAAACUGGGGCGACGUCGUGCAGCCUGAGCUUCAAGCACACGAGCAGAGGCGAUACGAGAGGCAACAGCGAGAGGGGAGUGAUGGCCUGGUAUGGAGUGCUGCAAACGUGAGGGGUUUUGUUCUGGUCAAGUUCGCAAGCAGGGAAGUGGAAGGAUCACGGAACUGGUUAAGGGAUAUGAUCAAGGAAGAAGGAUCGCUGCUAGAUGCAUUUGGGGAAAGGGCGAUUCUGUGUCUAAAGUGA